AUGAUAGAAACCUUUUCAAGACGAGAGCAAUACAAACAAGCACUGAAUGAAAUUGACUCACAACAAAUACCUCUCACUCGAAACAUGAUCGAUUAUCUCACUACCAUUAUUAAUACUAUUACCACGUUUACAACUAUUCCUGUGUUCUUGCAGUCUCUUCAGAGUUGGAAUAUUGAUCCAUCCCAUGUGGACAACAUGCUCACCAUGAAAAAGAGCCAGCUUCUAUACAACACGCAACUCAUGGAUUAUUUGACCAAUCUGCGAGCAAUGAUUUUAAAACAAAUGGAUAUUCAAACAAGUAGCAUUAAGCAAAUAUCGGCAACCCUCUCUCAGCCACAAUCGCUCUAUCAAAGUUUUACAGAAUAUUCAGGUGACACCUCAAACUUUGACAAUGUUCCCUAUACUUUAGCUCAAGAUAUUGGAAUCAAGUCAAUCAGUAUAACUCCUCCCAUUGUUAAUUACAUCGCAGGCGGCAACUCGCAUGUGGCGAUUGUGCUGCCCAAUGGAAAGCUCUAUACCACUGGAGUCUCCAAUGAAAAUAAUUUGGGACGUAGCAACACUUCUCCAGGGUUGGCUUACAUCUUUCCGGUUGAGGGAAUUCCUUCCAAUGCAACCAUUCUUCAAGUAGACACAAGAUACAGAACCACUCUCGUUCUCACAGAUAUGGGCUUGUACAGUUUCGGUAAAAAUGUAAAUUGUCAACUGGGCAAUGGAAAUUGCGCACCUCAAGUUGGAGCCUCAGUUGUUCGAGGAUUUUUGUGGAGGAGAGUUGACAGAAUUGCGGCUGGAGCAGAAAGCUCAUAUGCUAUUGAUCAAAAAGGAAUGUUAUGGGCGUGGGGAGGAAAUGAUGUGGGGCAAUUGGGAGAUGGCACCAUGGAAAACAAAGUUCGACCUGUAUCGGUGAAUGGAAUUUUGAGAGGAAAGAAAGUGAAACAAGUUUGUGCUGGCUCUAAAUUUGUUCUAGCCCUCACCAAUGACAACAUUCUCGUAUCAUUUGGAUCGAAUUUAAAUGGGCAAUUGGGAAAUAUAUUAUAUUCGUUAAAUGCGUCACAACCGGUUCAAGUCGCUCAGACAGGAUCUCUUUCUGGAAAGACAAUUAAAAAGAUUGUGUGUGGAAGCGAGCAUGCCAUGGUUCUUACAGCUGAUAAUGAAAUUCAUGCAUGGGGAGACAAUGCAUAUGGUCAAUUGGGAAUUGGAUCAAGAACUGAUCAAUUCAUGCCGAUUAAGGUAAACAUGUCUUCGUGCACGGUCAAAGAUAUUUUCACCAAGCACUUUGUUUCGUUUGCAUCAUGUACCAAUAAUGCCAUAUACUCUUGGGGAAGAAAUGAUUUCAUGCAGACCGGGCGAGGUGACGGAACAGAUCAAUUAGUACCUGGCAGAAUACCCUCCAUUCAAGCGAGUAGAAUUAUUGACAUAGCUUUCACCGAAACGAGCACGAUGUUGUACUUGAGAAGUGGUGAUAUUCUCUAUGUAGGAAGUGAUUUAGGCGCUUCUCCAUUGUUUAGAACCAUCUCCUCAACACUCAAUACAUUCACGCAAGAAAAUUUAUACUCAUUCAUGUAUCUUCCAUGGCCUCAACGUGUAAAUCCUUAUUUUGCUUUUGGCUCUAAAGCAUACAUCAUGGCACAGGGUCAACCCACUGUAUUUGCAAGACCAGGUCUCGAGUUCGCCUUGUACUCGUCCCCUAUCCCUCUCAAUACCGACACCAUUCAAUGGACCCAAGAGAUACCACAAAUGUGGCAACUAGAUCAAGCAUCUAGUACUACUGCUUCGCUAUUCGGGCCACCAUAUCCAUCUUUAUCCUUGAGAUUGUUGAGCCCCAUUCAACGCUCUAUUUACAAUACUCACAUCUUCAAAAGUGAUGAAUAUGUGUACAUGUUUGGAGGCUUUUUAGAUCACGAGCUCUCUAAUAUCAUCUAUAGAUCUCCUUACUAUGACAUGACGAAUGGGUGGGAACUGGUGAACGCCACACUUCCAUUCGCUGUGGCCUCAGGAAUGACCCUAUAUGAUGACACCUACUUGUACAUUAUGGGAGGAAUUACUAAGAUGUAUCAUUUCAAUACAACAACAGACACCGAUCCCAGUGAAGCAUCAGUAGUAUCCAAUCGAAUCAUGAGGGCUCCGUUGAACAAUCUUACAAAUUGGGAAGAGGUUUUUGAUGCUAAAAUUCCUGUCUCUCUUCAUUCUGCACAUGUGUAUUACGAUUCAAUAUCAAAUAUGUAUUACAUAUACGGUGGAUUGAACAAAUUAAGCUCAUAUCCUAGCAAACAAAUCUAUACGGUCAAUAGAAAUUCAAUCCUAACUUGGAACAAUGACACUGCCAAUACUAUUUCUAGAUAUUAUUUAUCAACUUCAGUGAAAAUGUUGACAACCAGCGACUCCAUUUACAUGAUUGGAACAAGUAUUAGAAGUACCAAUUUCUAUGGACCCUAUAUUUUGUAUGCUUCCAAGUCAACUCCAUCCAAGUGGAUUGAGGUAGCAGCUCUCUCCAUCAAGCUGAACAAUAUCUGCGCAAAUUAUACCUAUGGAUCAUGCACAGACUUGGAUCAAUGUGAAUGCUUCGCUCGUCCACUAAAUCAGGGACCUUCCGUUAAAUGCUUCUCUAUUGAUGCAUCUAACCCUCUUGUGUGUUCAGGAAAUGGAGCAUGUAUUGCGGAAGAUACUUGUGACUGUUCUCCAACAAUGACUGGACUUAAUUGCUCGGUCCCAAUAUGCUACGGUUAUGGCGCAACAGAUCCACUUGUUUGUUCAAAAAUGGGUUCAUGCAUUGGCUACAAUACUUGCUCAUGUAAGGCCAAUUAUACAGGUGACAAUUGUGAGAUACCCAUUUGUGAUGGAAUUUUGGCAACUGAUGUUGAUGUUUGCGGAGGCAAUCGGUCUUGUAUCGCUGCAAACGUCUGUGGACCCUUCCGCUGUUUUGGAAUUACCAAUGGAACAAUCGUCAAUGGUGUUUCCGUCGUGUGUAGCUCUCAUGGAAACUGUAUUGGACCGGACGUUUGUGAUUGUCAAGAAGGGUGGGGAGGUCCAAAAUGCGAUCAACCAGCGUGCGAUUUCUUGAUUGGUGCUGAUGCAUGUAGCGGUAAUGGUGUUUGCACAAGACAGACUACUACCAGUGUUUGUGUUUGCAACCAAGGAUUCUCUGGCACCAGUUGUAAUAUCACUAUCGAUUGGCUGAAAUUCUAG